AUGUUUGAAAAAAGAUUAUCUGAAAUCCCCGAACCAAAGCAGUCAAAUCGACGACUUUCUGUCGUUUCCAAUAGUGAUACGGCAAAACCUGAAAAUAAUUCCUCUUUUCAUACUUAUGUUGUCUCCCCAGUUCAAACAUUCUUCCAUUCUCAUGUAGUCCGGCCAUCUAAAGAAUACCCUUUAAUGAUUCAUGCACUACUCCUUCACUGGUUAAUAAUUUUGAUAAAUGUAUUGCCCUCCUCUUCAGAAAUCACUGGUAAAUCUUCAAAUCAAAAACGUCUCGAUAUUCCAACUCCUUCAAUCCCAACUCCUUCAAUUCCUGAUGUUCCAUCUAGUGUAGAACCGGCUGUUUCGGCCGUUAGUGGCGCUGUCACCGGUGCUGCAAAUACUGCUGUGAAUACUGCUGCAGAUAUUGCUGCAAAAGCCCCGGGUUUAUUAUCACAAUUAUUAAGUGCUUUCGAUAAGUUUAAACCAAGGACUUCUUCCUUACUUAAUACCAUUGCUUGUUUUUUUGAUCUCUUACUUUUUGUUUGGGUAUUUGAUCUUAUUUCUAUUAUUCCUGGUAUUGGAAGUCAAAAUACUGGUCCUGGCAUUUAUUUGGCUACUAUGAGCGCUUCUUUUAUAACUGUUGCCGCUAUAUUAUUAUGUAUUAGCUCAUGUGGUUCUGCUAUCAAGAGCACUAGUAAAUGCUUAAAAAAAUUAAGAAGGACAAAAGUUAAUGAUGCUGAAAAAGGGGAACAAUACUCUUAUUUUUAA